GAAAGUUUUUAUAUAAAAAUAUAUCGGAAAACAAAACAACUAACCAUCAAUGCAUAACGGAAAAGACGAGACAAAAGAUGAGACUGAGUUCUCUUUCUGGACUACAUCGCCCAUUUCCUCUCAUUUGAACCACGAUGCCCAUUCAUAGGCAGUGCCGUGCGAAGGUUUAAUGGAGCUUGGGGCGAGUAUAAAAAUGGGGCUUCUUAUAAAAAAAGUUUCCUGUCAAAAGUAUAAUAUAUAUUUGAAAACAUAAAAAAAAACUAAAACAAUAACUUGAAAAUACUAAGACAUAAUUUUUCUUCAUAUAUAACUUGAAAGUACUAAGACAUAAUAGGAGACAAUUGUUGGUAUACAGAAGAAAGAGAAAAGACGUGUGUUGGCUUGAAAAAUAGAUUGAUAUGAGAUUCUAUGUAAAAUAUUUAGGAAUCUAUAAAGGUUAAAGGAUUUACACUUUUUCCUUUUUUUUAUUAGAAAUUUGACAUAUACAACGAUAUUUUCUUGUUUGAAAUUUGGAAAAGUGACAAUAAAGUAAAAUUUCUUUUUUGGAAAAUAUCUACCAGAAAUUUAAGAAGAUCGAACAUGGAUUGAAUGGGUAAACAAUUAAAUAAAACCAAUAUGUUACUAAAUAUUUUUAGAAAUCUGGGGGCCCUAAAAAAAUUAUUUAUUUUGGGGGUCAGGGGCAAAAGCCCUUUUGGUAACACUUGAGGCACGGCACUGUUCAUAGGGCUUGGAUCACAUCGCCCAUUUCUUCUCUCUCAGUGAUCUUCACCCGCUCGAAGCAUGUCGUAUACUUCAUCUCCUUUGGAACACGUCAUCCAUUCCUCGAACUUGGAUCAGCUCGCAAACUUCUCCAUGAUUAGAGCACGUCACCCACUUCUCGGAAAAAUCAAAUCACAUAUUAUGAGUAUUUAAAUGUUAUGUUUUUUUUUUGGAACGAAUGUUUAAUUGUAUUCAUCAAAAGCUCUGUUUUACAAUGAGUGCAACGAUGGUGAAAAAAUCUUAAUAUUUACAAAAACUCAUUUCUUAAACACAUGUGUUUAACCAAAGACGAUGUAUUCCCUCGUACUUCUUCUCUCGGGAGUUCACCAGUAGAGAGAGGCGAUUGUGAAUGUUCUUGUCAACUGUCUUGUGGAUCGAGGAAAACGUGGAAGGAGGGGGGGGGGGGGUCUCCAUGGCUAUGCAUAUUUCUUUCCAUCCAGACAGAGUGAAUUGUGAUCUGAAAUGCAUAGUGUAUAAGGAAAAACCGUUGGCAGUCCAAGUCAUUUUUUGCAAGUUCCUAGACAGUAUUCAACUACUCAGAGGUGUGGUGGUGUCCGAGCAUGCCUUUCGUGAGAUUACUCCAAAUCUUUCUAGAGAAUCGCACUGGAAGAACAUAUGAUUUGUCGACUCUGCACCAUUGUUACAAAGACAACAUGUUGAACAAGUGAUUUUAUCCAAAGUACCUUACGAUCAUAUGUUCAUGUUUUAAAUACUACUAUUCAUGUUUCUAAACAAUAUAAUAGUUAAAAUUGUAUCUUUUUGUCAUCAGAAUAAACAGAUUCGAUUAAGACUCUUAUAACCAAACAUGGGACUCCGUGUCAAUGUAGACAAUUUGAGACGGUUGGAUACAAACACCACGUGCAAGACUAUCCGCCUUUUUGUUUUGAGUCCGGGUACAUGCGCGAUCAUGAAUGUUAUGAAACUUACCUUCAUCUGUUGUAUUUCUUCGAGAUAGGAUGCAACAGCGGUCAUUCUUCUAGUUCCAAAACCCUUUUCACCCGUUGCAAACAAUCUGCCGCAAACGUUAGGUGAAAUUAUCGUAGAUUUCGCAUACAUUCCAUUGGCCAUAUAUAUAAAGGCUUCAAAUUUCGUGUGAAGUGCAGAUAUACUAUUUCUUAUGUUUCCGGCCUCCAUCAAUCCAUCAAAACAUUCAAGUGUAGUAUACCAACCAUGACCAGAAAAAAAUUUCUUUAUCUUUCCAAGACCUAUCUGUAAAACACCAUCUCCCUAUUCUCCUAGGUUAAAAAUUAACUAUUUGAAGGUUUAAAUUGUAAAAUAUUUUUAUUAAUAUAAAAUAAAUCAAUUAACAGAUUAAAUUCUAAAAUAUAUAAGAUCUUGAAAUCAAUCAAUUUACAUUAAAUAAAUUUAACAAUAACAGUUUUAUAUAUCAGAAUUAUUUUAAAUAAAUGCAAAUAUUUAUAACAGUUCAUUACGGAAAUUCAUAAUACAGAUUAAAAAAAAAUAAACUGAAAUAGUAUUUAAUAUAUAUAUUUUUAUAUUUAAUAUAAUUAUGAAGCAAUAAAAUUAUAUUUUUAUUAAAUUAUAUUGUGUUAAAAAAUAUUUUCUACUUGUAUUACUUACAUAUCUAUAUUAUUUGCGAAGUGAUUUUUCGAAUCCGAGCUCUCACGUUAAAAGUUAGAGUGGUUAAUAUCGUUUAUUCCCUUAAUGAAUAAAAUAUAUAAAUUACCUACAAAAUAAAAAAGAAUUUAAAUUAUUUUGAUUAGACAAGUGAUUAAAACUAAUAAUAAUUAUUAUUAUCUAAAAUCCAAAUAUAUAUUUUAAAAUAAAAAAGAUAAUUUAUAUAUAUACUAUGUUAUCUGGAAAAUAUCAUUAAUAAUUGUUAAAAAAAUAGAAAACACAUAUUACUAAAUCUUAAUGAAGUAUUAAUUUUAUAUAAUUGAAAAGGGAAUAUUGAAUGAUUUUUAAGAUUGACCUAUUAAUAAUAAAUAUAAUGUACGAAUAAUUUUUUUUAAAAAUAUACAUAAAAAUGUUCAAAUGCAAAUAUAAAUAAUAAUUGGUUGACAAAAAUAAAUUAUAUAUAAUAAUGUAUUAUAAUAGUCUUUUAGUUAGUAAAUAAUGUAUUAACUUUAAUAAGUAAUUACAAAAUGUUCAUGCCCGCAAAGUUAACGCAUGUAUAAACAAAGAAAAAACUAUUUAUAUGUUAACGUUUUUUUAUUUUGAAACUUAUGUUAACGUGUUUUUCUAAUAUGUUUAACAUCUAACUGAAAAAGCUUAAUGAGAAUCAAAUUUACGCGGAAAAUAUAUAAAAUAAUAGAUAAAAUAAACACAUUAAAGUAAAAGAAAAGAUAAAGUGCAAAAGAUGUUGUGGGGUUUGCAAUUGGCAACCGACUCAAAAUGCUUUUUCAGCUUCUUUACAUAGUUUUAAUCUCUUUUUGUCUUUCUUACAGUUCCAUCGUUGAUCGAUCGAAUUCAAACCCUUAUAUUACGCUUCUUUUUCUUAUAUAACUCUCUUUAUAAUCCCAACUCUCCUUCUCCUUUGCUCUCUCAACUCGCAAGUUCUAUAUAUGUUCACAUUUAUCUCUUUAAUAUAUUUCUUUAUCAUUAGCUUCUAGCGAGGAAGUAGAUAUGGCUCCUGUUUCAAUGCCUCCUGGUUUCCGGUUUCAUCCAACAGACGAAGAGCUUGUCAUCUACUACCUCAAACGAAAGAUUAAUGGCCGGACGAUCGAAUUAGAGAUAAUUCCCGAGAUUGAUCUUUACAAAUGCGAGCCCUGGGAUUUACCCGGGAAGUCCUUGCUCCCAAGUAAAGACCUAGAAUGGUUUUUCUUCAGUCCCAGAGACCGGAAAUAUCCCAAUGGAUCCAGAACUAACCGGGCGACAAAAGCAGGUUACUGGAAAGCCACAGGAAAAGAUCGUAAAGUUACUUCCCAUUCGCGGACUGUCGGAACAAAGAAAACGCUAGUUUAUUAUCGAGGACGAGCGCCUCACGGCUCUCGUACCGAUUGGGUCAUGCAUGAGUACCGUCUUGAAGAGCAAGAAUGCGACUCCAAGUCCGGCAUACAGGAUGCGUAUGCACUUUGUCGAGUAUUCAAGAAGAGUGCUUUAGCCAACAAGUUAGAAGAACAACAUCAUGGAAUGAAGAGGAAGAAAGCAACGACUAAUAGUGAAAAAUCUACUUCUAGUACUUGUUUGUAUUCUGAUGGAAUGUAUGAAAAUCUAGAAAACUCGGGAUAUCCGGUCUCACCCGAUCACGGAUUAACUCAACUGGGUAACAUUUCUUCGUCCGAUAUGGAAACGAUAGAGAACAAAUGGAGUCAUUCUAUGUCGCAUGACACGUCUUAUAACUUCCCAGCACAGUCACAGUUUUGUUCUCAAUAUGGAACAAUCACAUAUCCUCCCUCAAAGGCCGAGAUAGCGUUCGAGUGUGCAAGACUAAAAAAUCGUAUGUUGCCGCCAGCACCACCACUCCACGUUGAAGAUCUCGCACAUAGCGAACAUUUGGGAACCAAUGUAGCUAAUGACACGGAUCAAAUGUUGAGCAAGAUCAUAGCAUUAGCUCAAGCUUCUCACGAGCCACACAACAGUCUAGGCUCAUGGGAAUUUGCUUCUGCUUCCGGAAACUUUCAGGGAGACGUUUGCUAUCCCGGAGAAAAAGCCUCAGGUUCAUGGGUAGAGGCGAACAUGAAGGCUGUUGAUAUGCAAGCGCAUGAUGGGAGGUUUAAGGAAGAGAGAAUUGUCGAGAACUUGAGAUGGGUAGGAGUAUCAAACAAGGAACUAGAAAAGAGCUUCAUUGAAGAACACUCCACAGUAGUUCCUAUAGAAGAUAUUUGGAGUUAUCGUACGGAUAGUCAUGAACAUCAAGAUGGUGAGGGAGUUAACAACAAUGGAGAUGUGGAUGAUGUUUACACACUUGAGUUCUCCGAAAACGAACUCAACGCCAAUAAUUCGGACAAGAUAAACAACAAUGAUCAUGACGCAACGAGUUCACCUCGUUUUGAGAUGGUUAACAAAGUUGAGGUUAGCCAUGGAUUGUCUGUUACAACUCGUCAGGUAACCAAUACAUGCUUUCAACAGAUUGUACCAUCUCAAACCGUAAUUGUUUACAUAAAUCCAACGGGUACCGUAAACUGUGGACAUGAGAAGAAACUAACGGAGGAGGUUCAUGUCGUUAAGCAGAUUAAUCCGCGAAUUGACAGCUUUGUCUCCAAAAUUCUUGGACCGUGGAGAAGAUUUGCGUUUAUUGGUUUCGUUCAUAUCCUCUUAUUAAUAUACUGUGCUAAUCAAGGAGGUAACUCUAAUGAAAACCAACGCAGUGAAGGAGAUUGUAACGAUCGGGGAAAAAUACUAAAUACGAAAUGCUGUAGUGAGAAAAAUAUUUGGAAGAAGAAGAACGAGAAAAACAUAGUUGAUGAAAAAGUUUUCAGCGUUCAAGAUAGUUUUAUGUUGAAGAAGUUGGGGCUUUCUGUUGCUGUUACCUUAACUGUUUCAACCAUAUGUCUUAUAUUUAAUGUGAAGUUCAAUAUGGAUUUGCACUUUUUCUAUUGUACUACGGACUAUAUGUCUAGGAGGGCUUUCCUCUCCUUUGCUUUCUUUUUUACUUUUUCAUUUUUCUACACCGUCUGAAAUCUACGUAUUAUGUGCUACUUUACAUCAUGUAAUGUAGUUUUUCUUCCUUUGUUAGUAACCAAUAUGACCUCUCGGUAAUCAACCUUUUAAAAUUUGA